AUGGCGAAUGCAAAGUCGUGUUUUCGGGGCUUAUUAUUCCUCACGUUUUUACUUGAAUGUUUGGUUUCCUCGACUAUUUCCACUUAUCAGGUUUACAUUGUAUACUUGGGGCACGCUCAUAAUAUUGAGGAUUAUUUACUCGAUGCGUCUGAGUAUCAUGUUCGACUCCUUACUAGUGUAUUUGAGAGCAAAGAAGAAGCGACGCAGUCCAUGAUCCAUAGCUACAAGCAUUCCUUUUCAGGUUUUGCUGCAGUGCUUAACGCUACCCAAGCAAACGUCUUAGCAAAUACCGAAGGCGUAAUAUCUGUUUUUGAAAGCGGGGUACUCCAGUUGCAGACUACAAGAAGCUGGGAUUUCAUGGGUCUCUCGCUCGACUGCGCGAAAGGAACUUCUAUACAGCUAAGUCAUGGUGACGAUGUAGUUGUUGGGGUCAUCGACUCAGGUGUAUGGCCCGAAUCUGCUAGUUUCAAAGAGGAGCUCCACAUGGGGCCCAUCCCAAAGUCUUUUAAGGGAAAAUGCGUCUCGGGGCAAAAAUUCAACCCCAGCACGGCAUGCAACAGGAAGCUGAUCGGUGCCCGGUACUACCUUGCAGGUUUCGAGAGGAGGUUCUGGCCGAUCAACAACGACUCGAGAGAAUACAGGUCCGCUCGGGACUCUGUUGGGCACGGGACCCACACGGCCUCCAUCGCCGUAGGAUCGCGAUCCAACGGUGCGAGCUUCUUGGGGUUUGGGCGGGGCAUCGCGCGUGGUGGAGCCCCCAGGGCCAGGCUGGCGGUGUACAAGGCCUGCUGGAAUGUCGACUAUGGGCAAGUCUGCACGGAGGAGGACGUGCUGGCGGCUUUCGACGAUGCGGUGCACGAUGGGGUCCAUGUCAUCUCGGCAUCGAUUGGUAAGGAGCCGCCUCUGAUGGAGUUUGUGGCGCUGAGUUUAGAUAUCGGCUCGUUUCAUGCGAUGCAGAAUGGUAUUAGUGUGGUGCUUUCGGCUGGAAAUUCAGGCCCCGAUCCUUCCCUUGUGGCAAAUGUCAACCCGUGGAGCAUUUGUGUGGCUGCCUCGUCUCUGGAUCGGAGUUUUCCCACCACAAUUCUCAUGGAAGAUGGGACUUCCUUUGUGGGUGAGGGUCUGAUAGCCAACACUAUAAGUGGACUCCUGGCAAGAGCUAUAUAUUACUUCUACAAUGGGAUAUGUAAUAUACGCAACUGGAGAAACAUAGAUGCUUCGGGCAAGAUACUAUUGUGCUACGCUACAGACGGACAGUUGGAAAGUGGUGUGGCAGAGUAUGCAGCCUAUAAAGCCAAUGCCUCGGCACUUAUAUUUGUCCAGGCAUUGACAUGGCCACUUGCCGUAGCCAGCAUAAUCCCGGUCAUACGUAUAGACGUCAUCCAAGGGAAAACAUUGUUUCUACAUUCCAACCUCACCAUGGUGCAAAUAGUACCUAGUCAAACAGCUUUCAAUCGGUCACCGGCACCUGUGGUGUCAAGCUAUUCUUCAAGAGGUCCAAGCUCGGUUUCCCCUAAUAUUCUUAAGCCCGACAUUAGUGCUCCAGGAACUAACAUAUUAGCAGCAUGGCCUCCCAACAUUGCUCCAUCAGAAUUCAAAGAUAUUGACGAUAGAUCCGUUGAGUGGAACUUCGACUCUGGGACAUCAAUGGCUUGUCCCCAUGUGUCGGGUGUCGUUGCCCUCCUCAAAUCUGCGCAUCCAGAUUGGUCUCCAGCAGCAAUUAGAUCUGCCCUCAUGACUACCGCUUAUAACACGGACGUAAGUGGUGAUGCCAUAUUAGUACAAGGAUCAACGGCAUCUUCGGGUCCUUUUGACAUUGGUGCUGGCCACAUAAACCCAUUAAAGGCAUUUCAUCCAGGAUUAGUGUACGACUUGUCUACUCGUGAUUACUUCAUUUUCCUAUGCAACAAUGGGUAUACCGAAAAACAGAUACGAACCAUGGUCAACUGCAAACCGCGUAGUAAAUGCCCGAGAACAUGUUCCGGUCCCCAACGCGAGCAUGAUUGGGACAUGAAUUACCCAUCAAUAUCGAUUUCGAACCUCAAAGCGGCUUCUCCUUUGAUUCUGCUGCCACUCCUUCACCAGUUACCUGCUACCGCGUCUCCGGAGCCGGUUCCCACCGAAGCGGGGUUGGUGGACCUUCUUUCCGCUGCAUCCAAGGUCUUGCGAAUGUAUGGUCCGGAUUGGUGCUUGCUGAUCCGCCAUCUCCUUGCUAAGGAAGGAUCGCCGGUCAUUUGCGUCAGGCCCUAG